AACGCUCACUAAUUUCUGUUCUCAGGUGUCACGACCGUCCUGACUAUGACCACACUGAGUAUAAGUGCCAGAAACUCACUUCCCAAAGUGGCCUACGCUACAGCCAUGGACUGGUUUAUGGCCGUCUGCUAUGCGUUUGUGUUUUCGGCGCUUAUUGAGUUUGCUACAGUCAACUACUUCACCAAGCGGAGCUGGGCCUGGGACGGCCAGAAAGAAGCCCAGGAGAUGCGGAGACGAGAAUCUGCGUCUUUCUCCAAGAAAACCAACAACACUUUUAACAUCGUGGGCACAACUUACAGCAUGAGUGUGGUCAAAGAUCCCGGCCUGACCACCAUCUCCAAGAGCGCCACGCCCACCACAUCUACUCCACCUCAGCCCGUUCGGGAGGUCCGGCUGCCCAAAAUGGAUGGAGAAUACGUGCCGGAAGGAAGAAAAUCAUACAACCGGGUCAGCAAAGUGGACAAGAUCUCCCGUAUCAUCUUUCCAGUGCUCUUCUUCAUCUUUAAUCUGGGGUACUGGGCUACGUAUGUCAACAGAAAGCCCACCAUCGAGCGGUCCAGCCCACCUAAAUGAACCAAAACAACACUGAUUAACACAAAAAAACUGCCAGUCCAGUCUUAAUCAGCAUCAUGAUGCUACUGUCUUUAAAACAAUACGUUUUUUUUCACUAUUUGUAGAGUGUGUUUGUUUGUUUAUCCAGAUUUAAAUGUGCCAUUUCCUUGUGCUGCAUGAAGUAGAACUAAUCAGUAUUAACACUAGAUUACUAGCAGGGCCAGACAGAAUCUGCGGACAUUUGUAGACAUUUCUGUGCAGAAAUUAGUAUAAAAUCUGCAGAUAUAUUCGGAGUGAUGUCUAGAGUAUAGCAACUAAAAACGUAACACAUGAAAUUUAACGAAAGUACUUUUUAGUUAAGGUUUACAAUGCAAAACCAGUUACAGUAGAACUACUUGAUUGCUAAACAAAGUCUUUCGUAUGUCUACUUAAAGAUCGAAUAGUAUUGCGCAUAAAUCAUAUUUGCAAACAUUUGCAUAUCGUCCAAUAAUAUGGCUCUAAUUAAUAAAUAAUCUGAAUAAGUACAGUUGAAGUCAGAAUCAUUAGCCCUCAUCGAUGUUUU